UGAGCUUAGCGCGGGAGGCACCAGCCACCAGCCAGUACGAUUGGGCGACGACCGACCGAGGUGGUGUUUCGCUGUAGUGUCAGACGGACGCCGGACGGAGAAACGAAACGAAACGAAUAAUAUUGUUAAACUCAUCUCGCCACUUUCGUUCGUUUCCGAAAUACUCGUCUCUCAGCACCUCUACCUAUAUAUAUAUAUCGUACUCGGCGGCACAGCAGCGGUGGUGUCUCAGCGGAUCGACAGAUAUCUGACUUCGUCGUCGUCCUGAAGCAAAACUAAAAAAACUACCUUAUAAAAAAUCCAACCAUGCCUGCACCAACAAAAUCAAACGCAGCGAUGUCACCAGAUGGGGGAGCACCACAACCAGCUGUACCAAAAACUGAACUUCAAGAACUACAAAUGAAAGCUGGUGAAGUAACAGAUGAAUCACUCGAAAGUACCAGAAGAAUGUUAGCUCUAUGCGAAGAGAGCCAUGAAGUCGGGAUGAAAUCUCUUGUGAUGUUGGAUGAACAAGGGGAACAAUUGGACAGGAUUGAAGAAGGUAUGGAUCAAAUUAAUGCUGACAUGAAAGAGGCAGAAAAGAACCUAACUGGCAUGGAAAAAUGUUGUGGAAUAUGUGUGCUGCCUUGUAACAAGUCAGCUUCAUUUAAAGAAGAUGAAGGUACGUGGCGAGGUAAUGAUGAUGGUAAAGUGGUCAACAACCAACCACAGCGUGUAAUGGAUGAACGUAAUGGAAUGGGUGCCCAAGGAGGUUAUAUAGCAAAAAUAACAAAUGACGCUCGAGAAAAUGAAAUGGAAGAAAAUAUGGGUCAAGUUAAUACCAUGAUUGGAAAUCUUCGUAAUAUGGCAUUGGAUAUGGGAAGCGAAUUGGAAAACCAGAAUAGACAAGUUUCACGAAUAAACAUGAAGGCUGGAUCUAAUGAAACGCGAAUUUCAGUGGCAAAUCAACGAGCACAUGAACUGCUCAAGUAAUUUGAUAUGCAAAGUAUAGCUAGGACAACAGCUAUUAUACUACUACAGCUAUUUGUUUUAAUUUAUUGCUACAGCUAUCAGAAAUAUAACUUUUUUUUUAUUUGAUAAUUCUUUAAAUUGUAUUUAUAAAAAAUAUAUAUAAUUUAUUUAUCGUGAAUUAUUGUUAUGUAUUAUUAUAGCUAUAAAUAUUUUACAUACAUUUUUAUGUCUUAUUGAUUAAUAUAAAAUUAGUUAGUUUAAUAAUUUUUAGCUUUUUUUUACUAUUGUUAAUAUUGUUUAAGAAUAAAAGGCUGGCAGCAAAUUUGGUAACAGAGAUAAAUAGCUGUGUUAUGUGGUCCAACAAUUAAAUUUUCAUUUACUGUUAAAUUUUUUUUUAGUUUAACCAUCGUUUAUAUAAAUAUUAUUAUUAGAAUUAAAUACAGCAAUAAUAUAUUUAGAAAGAUCCAAAUUACCUUGGUAAUUCUCAUUAAACUUAUCAUCAUUUAUGUAAACAUUUAAAUUUUUAAGGUAUUUAAACAAUUAACCAAAAUAUUAUUAUUUUUAUUAAUGAUAUUUAUAAAUUUAAUAUGUAUUAUUGUUGAUUCUUGAAGCAAAUAUCAAACCAUUAAUUCAUAGCGUGAUAUAAAAUUAAUUUUAAUUUAUGAGAAAAAAAUUAAUAUUUGUUGUCUAUUCUCUACAUAAUAUACAUAAUUAUACACCAAAUUAUUAAUGAUAUAUUAUUAAAACAAUUGAAAUAUUUUUUUCGCAUAUUUAUAUUAUAUAACAUUUUUGUGUAUUUUAUUACUAAAAUAAUACAUCUAGUAUAAUAUUUAUUGUUUACAUUAGACUACAUAAUGAAAGUGCACUUGCGUAUUAUUAUUAUAAUUAUUAACUUAGAAAAGUGCAAUACUUGUUUUAUACUUUUGUCAUAGCUCAAAAUAUUACCACAUUGUGCUUUAUGUACAUUGUUAUUAAAAUUAAUUCUUAGUUCAAUAAUUAUUGAUUUUCAGGUUAUUGGUUUGCCCGAUUGUUAUAACACAGUUAUGAUAUGGUUAAAAACGUUGUUAUUUUGUAUAAAUAAUAUUUAAAUAGAUUUAAAAUUGUUAGUGUCAUUUUUCUUUAUAAUAAAAGUGAUAAUAAACUAGACUAAAUUUAAUUAUUUUUGUUGUUGAACCUAUUAAUUAAUUUCCAUUAAAUUAAUUAUUGAUUUUUACCAACUUUCUCUUAAACUAUUUCAUUUACAAUUUUUUAUUAUCAAAAAAAUUUGGUUAUAUUUGAUGAAAACUGAUUAUUAUAACGUUUAAUGAUAAGUAUUUAAUAUAGGUACAUACAUUUCCUUAUAAAAUUUAUUCAAAAACAUAUCUUCAUUUACAUGAUAUUAAUAUCCAUCAGUUUUACAAACAAUAGGUAUUUCAAUAACAUGCAUUACUUCUUAAAUUAUUUAUAUUGUUAUUUAAUUUUUUUUUUUUAAGAUUAGUAUGUAUUAAGUGCUGUGUACAUUUUUACCCUCUAAUUUCAAAAUAUUAUUAAGUUGAAGAUGAUUAAAAUAUUAUUUCCCAUGUAUUAUUAAUAUUAAUUAAUAGGUAGUAGCAGUUUUCUCAAUUAAUACUCAACUUGCUUUGUUGUACUAUUACACUUUAAAAUCUAUUAUACUUGUUAGUAUUUAUUUUUAAAUUCUUAUCUAUAAACAUAAUAUCACUUAAAUAAACUUAAAACAAUAUCAUAUUUAAAAAUAUUUAUUCACGUAUUGAGUAAUAAUCAAUUUAUAAAAAUAAAAAAAUGAAUAUACUUAAACGCGUGCCAAUUAAAUUUUACAAUACAUAAAGUUACAAAUGUAGGUAUUUUAAUACAAUUGUUUUUUUUUUAGUCUAUUAGGAAAAUAAGUAAUUGAUACUCGUGGUGGAUUCUAUUGUUUUUCUAAGAAGUUGUAUUGACUAAAACUUAUAUAUUUAAUUAGACUGGUAUAAACCUGAAUAUAUAACUAUUGUGUACACAAUUUUUCUUCAAUUGGUAUUUAAAACUUUUCACAAAUUAUUUCAUAAAACGAGUUGAUUGCAUUAAAAUUUAAACAAAUAGUACAUAUUAUUUUCAUUGUUGUGUAGGUACCGACUGUUAACAAAUGUAAUUUAAUACUAUUUUUAAUUUAUACUUAAUUUUAUCAAAAACACAUUUUAUUUCACACAUUAUUAUAUACUUUUCAUAAUCUAUGUUAGGACACUGAUAUGUUUGAUUGUAUAAGUAUAAAUAUAUAUUCUAUUAAAAUAUUAUUAUAAUCUUUUUAUCUAAAUAUACCUGUAAAAUAUUAUUUAAAACAAUUAUUAUUAGAUGUGUAAUAUUGUAUUAUUAUGCUACUAUGAAAUUUUCAUUUGUAACUUAUAUACUUAUCUUUUAUCUAUCUAUCUUUGAGUGUGUAAUAACUUCAAUAUCUUAUAUUUAUCAUCUAUAUUAUGCAGUAUGCAAUAUGCAUGUAAUCUUAAAUUAAUUACAUUAUUUUAUUGUGUUAUAAAUUUUAAUUUGUUGGUUUUUUUAUAAAAAAACACACAACUAACAUAUUUCCGUUUUCCGUAAACCAUUAUACUAUGCAUGAAUAAAAAUGUAGGCAAUAUUUCAUUAUUAUAUCUAUAAAGCAAUCUAUUUAGUAUUUAUACAUUUCUUUUUUAGUUUGCGCUAUUGCUUGAAAGUAGGAGUGUGUAAUAUGUGUUUGAGGCGGUCCUCCAGGUGACAGAAAUUAUGUAGGUAGCAUAAAAAUGUCACCUAUUCACAAACAAUAAACGUACAUGUGCAUCUAUUGAUUCA